UCUGAUUUUAACUCGCGAGUCGGUCGGUCGCGUUCCGCUCGCUAAAUAUAAGCACGUGGCCCAGUGCUUCAGAUAUUCCGCUAUAACCUAUAACCCGUUGCUCGGCUGCCGGCGCAAGCUGAUAUACAGAGGUAUCAACAAGGGAGCUUAUCGCUAUCACAGACUAGCAACACAUCAAAAUGGUGAAUGAAUCAAAUGGCAAUGCGCCUGCGCCGCAGGAACUGGAGACAUUCCUGUCCCCGGAUGAGAAGAAAAAGGAGAAAGUCGUCAACAAAUACAACAUGACGAAAGAUGUGGAGUCGGCCGAUUUCGAUCCGUUCACCGAACGAAAGUUGGAGAAUCCUACUUCAAACAUGGACACGCUGACGCAUCUGCUGAAGGCGUCUCUCGGUACCGGCAUCCUGGCCAUGCCUAAAGCGUUUAAGUGCGCUGGGCUCGUCUCUGGCAUCUUUUUCACGAUGCUGGUCGCCCUCAUCUGCACCCACUGCUCCUACAUUCUCAUCAAAUGUGCCCACGUGCUGUAUAAGAAGACCAGAAGAACGCAGAUGACGUUCCCUGAAGUAGGACAGGCAGCCUUAGAGAAUGGACCACAGGCACUGCGACCGUGGGGAAAUGUUUUUAGAAUCUUCAUCCUGGUCAGUCUUUUCCUGACUUACUUCGGUACCUGCUCAGUGUACACUGUAAUCGUCGCUAAGAAUAUCGUGCAGGUCGUAGCACACUACAUGAACCAAAAAGAGGAAGAUGUAGAAAUAAGAAUAUUCAUCAUCGCUCUUCUACUGCCUCUGAUCUUUAUGGCAUGGAUCCGCAACCUCAAGUACUUAGCGCCAGUGUCCAUGAUCGCCAACGUGUUCAUGGGUCUCGGUCUUGGAAUCACUUUCUACUAUCUCGUCGGAACUGGCAAACUUAUGACGGACAACAUUAACUCUAUGCUCUUCAAAGCACCGGUAGAAUGGCCUGAAUUCUUUUCGCUGAGUAUUUUUGCCAUGGAAGCUAUCGGUGUUGUCAUGCCCCUGGAGAAUGCCAUGAAGACUCCUCGCUCAAUGCUCGGCACCUGUGGCGUCCUGAACAAGGGCAUGAGCGGUGUCACUCUCGUGUACAUCCUUCUGGGUUUCCUCGGCUACCUUCGCUAUGGAGAGGGCGUCAAAGACUCCAUCACCCUGAAUUUGGAAAGUGCUGAAAUUCCUGCCCAAAUCGUCAAGAUCUCCAUAGCCAUCGCCGUAUACUGCACAUACGGACUGCAGUUCUUUGUGUGCGUCGAAAUCAUGUGGAACAGCAUCAAGGACAAGUUCACGAAGAGACCCGACCUUGCUGACUACAUCAUGAGGACCAUCAUGGUGACCGCCUGCGUACUACUAGCUGUCGCUGUGCCCACCAUCGGACCGUUCAUGGGCGUCAUUGGUGCAUUCUGCUUCUCUAUCCUCGGUCUCAUUGCUCCCGCUUUCAUUGAAGUCAUCACCUACUGGGACAUUGGCUUUGGACCUGGCAAAUAUCUCAUUUGGAAGAACAUAGUUGUGCUCAUCUUUGGUAUGUUCGCCCUCAUUUUCGGUACUAAGGAUGCCAUCAAAGAAAUUAUACGUGUGUAUAGUAUAUAAGGCAACACUUUAGUGCACAGCCUUCUAUUCAAAGAUUCUGUGUUAAUGUGUGAUAGAUAUUAGCGUACAGCUUAGUAUAUAGUAUAGAUUAUUUUUACCAGUUUUGCGCGUGACACUUUGAGAGUUCGAAGUAGUCAAGGUGUCUAGGUCGUAGUCGAUGUUAUUUUGUUUCGUCACCCUGGCACUUGGAAAACUAUUUCGACCAAAAGUCUCCUGUGAAACGGACUUGAAUUCUGUUGUAUUGGUAACCGCGACACACGCUGCUAAACGUAUGGUGCUACUUAUUGCAUGAAGUCAAUAUUUGCUCUACGUCCUGCAUGAAUUCGAAAUAGUUACGAUGUGUAACUAGAGAAAUUGAUGUUGCCUUUUAUUGUGCGUAUUUUAUAAAUAUAUAUGUACAAGUAUAUAAUUGGGGCAUGUAAAAUUAUAAAACCGCUAUUACAUUCCCGAAUCAGAACUGAAUACUGUUGGAUGGUGUAGGUACUUAGAAAUAUGUAAGUAGAUAUUUGAGUCAACAUGUAUUUUCGGUUGUGUGGAGUAGGCACGUUAAUGUUGUAUUCAAUGAUUUGUUGGUCCCAAACAAUAUGAGCUACCAUGUACACGAUAGAUAAGUAUUUUGUAAAAUAAACAAAGACCAAAAAGCUAUCGAACAUAACUGUCAUCUAAUUAUAGCGUCAUCGGUACUUAAUAGCAUUACUUUGACGUCGUAUUCAGUAUAAACGAACAAAUAUGCUUUCGUUAGUCUAAUUUGUUUCCAUUAAAAAGAACAUUUUAUCUUAAAUUGGUGACUGGGAUCUUUGCAUUUAGUGUUUGUAAGCUUAAUGUUUUAUACAUAACUGUAACUUAAUUUAUAGAAGUUUGUGUGUAUUUAUAAGUGCAUUAUACGAAUUUCGAUGUCAUGAAACUGCACUUAACUGUAAGUUGUAAAGAUUAAUCUUUUUAACCGAAGAACUGAAAUAACAAUAAGUACACGCAGUCGCAUGUGAUACAUAGACGAGAAAUAUCAGGAUGAGGCCUUUCUUAGUAAGAUUAGAAACAUAUAGGUCAGCGAUCGAAGUUAGAGGUUUCUUAAGUCUUAUGACUCUUUACAAUUCAACACUAAGAAGUUUACAACGACCAUUUG